ACUUACCUAUAUCUGAAUAGGCAGGUACUUGAAAAGAGAGCUAUUCAAAACACAGACAUAUUUCAAAUUUUAAAACGAAUUCUAUAUAACAUUUUAGUGACAUUUCUCACGGAAUUUAAUUCAUUUUCUGUCAAUAUAUUCGCGGUAAGUUGUACUAUCAAAGCAUAAAAAACAAUAAUGGGUGAAAUAUGAACGAAAACAAGGCCAUCGAAUUUUGACUGAAAGCUAUACACUUCAUUAUUUUUUGAAAUUGAAAGUGUGUUCCAUUUUGCGAUAUUUCAACCACCCAGUGACAAAUUUUUCAUCGACAUAAUGAAUCCAUUCAACGCUGGACUCUUUGUAGUAUUGAAUUUGUUCGUUGGCAAUGUUUUAUCAAGAGCCACUCAUGACCAGUUCUACGAACUGUUCAAAGCACGAGUACCAAUUUCACAAAUUAUUGAAGCAGUCUACGACAACAGUCCAGCCACACAAUUGAAACAUUUUCAAACAAUUCAAGAACAUAUCACGAAAGCUGACGACUACGCUGACUACGCCAUUCAAUUGAAAGCAGCCGCUCAGAAAGUACUCAACAGCAGACUACACGAAGUUGGCCUCUUACCUAUUGACAUUGACGAAUACAUGAAAGCUGCUAGCCAAAUGGAAGCUGGUGUAACGGUGGACAAUGCAGAGCUGGAACGUAUAAUUAAAGAGCUGCUAGAAAAGAAACGGAAGCUUUUGGCGUCUUCGGAAGCAGCAAAGAAAGCUUACUUGAAUAGAAUUGUCAAGGUUGCGAAUUCCGACGAAUUUGAUCACCCACGACCAAAGAAAGGCAAAAACAAGGGUAAUGGGAGAUCUGAUUCGAGUCAGCGCAGAAAUCGUUACAUUUCGACAUCGUUGAGUGAAUCAAAUCAGGGUGAAGAAAAUUCAGAAAUACUCGUAAACUAAGUACAAUUUAAAUAAUUUGUAUGAAAAUUCAUAAGUACAUAAUAAUUGGUAAGUCGAGUGCAAAUAAAUUUUCAAGAAGGAAA